AUGAUUGCGAUCCAUGCAAAGCACUGCAUGCAUGUUUACGAAAGGAUAUCCAACACCCAAGCAAUCUGACAACUUCAAACUAUACAAUUAGUUAAUAAACACAAGUGUGCAAACGAGAUUCUUAGAUAGUUAGGCGUGAGGAUGUCGUUUCUUGGACUCGCAUCUCGAGCCAUGUACGGCCGGUUACUGGGCAGUUCUUCAUUGCUCAUGAGACAGACUGACACUGUCCAUCGCCCUUGGGCUCUGACACGUGGUUUUCCCGGUCGAUGCAUUUCCACGACUCAAUACAGAUUGGAAGAAGCUAAAGACAAACCCAUUGAGAAGCCCAAGGCGCUGAAUCGUGAAGGUCGAGGUCAGAGGAAGUUUGGGGAAGGUGGUCCGGUGUCCUGGGCGAAUCUAGCUGUUACAGGCACACUCAUGUUGACCGCUUUGGGUGGGUAUCUGUAUGCUAGAAGUGUGAAGGACAAGGAGUUGGAAGUCGAACGCAAACGGCAAAUCGGCAAGGCCAAGAUUGGAGGCAAUUUUGACCUGAUCGACCAGGAUGGCAAUCCGAAGACAAACAAGGACUUCUUGGGCAAAUGGGUGUUGUUGUACUUCGGGUUUACGCACUGUCCGGACAUUUGCCCUGAUGAAAUGGAAAAGAUGUCAGAGGUAUACGACGAGUUGGUUGCCUCCACGAAAAAAGGUAAAAAAGACGAUCAGUUCGUUCCAUUGUUCAUCACAGUUGACCCGGAGCGUGAUCAAGUCCCUCAAGUGAAGGAGUACAUUAAAGAAUUCCAUCCAGACAUGAUCGGAUUGACCGGCACUCCUGAGAAGAUCACGGAAGCUUGCAAGGCGUACCGCGUAUAUUUUAGCGCUGGUCCCAGAGAUGAGGACAAUGACUACAUCGUGGACCACACCAUCAUUCUCUACCUUAUUGAUCCCUCGGGUGAAUUCGUGGAUUAUUAUGGGCAAACGAAAACCACCGAUAUGAUUAAAGAGAGCAUCCAAUUUCACAUGGGUGCCUAUAAACGUGCGAAUAAGAAAUCUGGCUUCUUUUAAAUGAUUUUGAGAACAAAUUUGGAAUAUGUGGCUGCAACCCUUUUGCAAAUAAAUGAGCCUUUUCAAGUUAGAA